UUGUGUCCAAACCCAGUAACACCAGUGAGGAAAGACAAGGAACCCAUCAGAGGAACCGGCUGCGCUCAAUUGCUGGUUCCCCUUGGGAUGACAAAUCACUGCUACCUCCUGCCCCUGACUGGGAGGUUUCCUCCCCAGUCACCACAACUAUGUUGCCUCCUUUUUCCUUAAGCCAGGGUAUAAAAUGAAAGCAAAUCUCAGCAGAGGACUCAUCUUCCCACUGGAGGGAUGACUGGGACCGUCCUCUUCCAAGUCCUCCUGCUGGCAGGUCUCCUGAGUGCCAAGAGGUUCCCAUGCUUCCCUGAGUAUUGUCUCCAUGACAAAGACUAUGAAGAGCUGCUGGACAUCGUUAAACAUGGGUUGGAGCCUGCGAGUCACCCAGCAGAUGUGGUCAUCGUUGGUGCAGGGAUAAGUGGGCUCACAGCGGCGAAGCUGCUCCGAGAUGCUGGCCACAGGGUCACUGUUCUGGAGGCCAGCAGCAGGGUUGGUGGCCGCAUCAGGACAUACCGCUCCGAGGGGCAGGACUGGUACAUGGAUCUGGGACCCAUGCGCCUGCCCACCAAGCACAGGCUGGUCCGGGAGUUCAUCAGGCAGUUUGAGCUGAAGCUAAACCCCUUCAUCCAGACCGAUGAGAACACUUGGUACCUGGUGAACGGCACUCGGGUAAGAGCCAAGGAAGUGAACAGCAACCCCAAUAUCCUCAACUACCCCGUGGAGCCAUCGGAGAGAGGCAAAAGUGCCGACCAGCUGUACCGGGAAGCACUGCACAAGGCUUUGAAGGAGUUCCAGGAUACAGACUGCAAGGAGUAUCUAACUAAAUACGACUCCUUCUCCACCAAGGAGUAUUUGAUCAAAGUAGGGAAUCUGAGCCGAGGAGCGGUCCAGAUGAUCGGUGACCUCCUGAACGAGGACUCGGGGUUUUACCUGUCCUUCCUGGACUCCCUGUGGGGCUUUGACAUCUUCUCUGAUGAGAGAUUUGACGAGAUCACAGGAGGAUUUGACCAGCUGCCCAAAGCCUUCCACAGAGCAUUGCCCAACGUCAUCCAGUUCAAUUGCACAGUGGAGAAGAUCGUCAGGAAGGGGAACAAAGUCCACGUUCAUUACCAUGCUCCGGACACGCUGGCCCCAACCACAGUAACCGCAGAUUACGUCCUGGUCACCUCCACCACCAGGGCCACCAGGCACAUCCAAUUCCUGCCACCCCUCUCAGCUCCCAAGGCCCAUGCCCUGCGCUCCCUGCACUACGCGUCCUCCUCCAAGAUCGCCUUGGUUUGCAAGGAGAAGUUCUGGGAACGGGACGGCAUCCGAGGGGGACAAUCCAUCACCGACCGCCCUUCCCGCUUCAUCUACUACCCCAGCCACAACUUCUCCAGCGGGCUGGGCGUCAUCCUGGCUUCCUACACUUGGAACGACGACGCCGACUUCUUCCUGCCUCUCACGGACGAGAAGUGCCUGGAGGUGGUCCUCCAAGACCUGGCGGCCAUCCACGGGGUGAGCCGGGAGCACCUGCAGGACACCUGCACCCAGCACGUCAUCAAGAAGUGGCAGCUGGACAAGUACUCGCGGGGGGCAUUCGCUGCCUUCACCCCCUACCAGUUCACUGAUUACGCGCGGGACCUCUUCGAGCACCAGGGCCGGGUGCACUUCGCAGGGGAGCACACGGCUCAGCCCCACGCCUGGAUCGACACCGCCAUGAAAUCCGCCGUCAGGGCCGCCAGCAACAUCCACCAUGACAGCGGGGAAGCGCCGGUGCUGGGGAAGGAGCGGGCAGCAUGGGCCCUGCAGAGGGAGGAUCUCUGAGGGCUCCACCGGCGCGGUUUGAAGGCGCUUUGGGGGGUGAAAAUCGCUUCCUUUCCAAGCCGUGGCAGCAGUGACAGCGUUAAGCCGAGCAGCACCGGCUGUCAUCAGCGUUCUGGUUCAACACUUAACGAGGGGAGCAGGGAGCCCCACAGGGAGGAAUGUCCGAGCAGGUUUCACAUCUCUGAUUUUACACACCGCAGUCAUUUCUGAGUUAUUUACCUUCAAAGCACUUCAGGAAUUACUAAGAGGGAAUAAAAGUGGGUACUUCUCAGUUCCGUGUGUUUGAGGAAGUGUCAUCACAUAUAAAUCACUGCAUCUCACUUCAGCCACUCAGAAACACAUCACCCAGCAGCUGGGUCUCCUUUCCAGCACCUGAGACAUAACUCAUUGCUCCUGUGUCAUGCUCUCCUUCACACAGCCCAGCACAGCCACUCCUAAACCCCAGAGGUACCGUGGAUCAGGAUGAGACCCUGGUCUCUA